UCUAUCCUCACCUAACCGUACCCAAAACGCACUGUUUUGAAUCCUCCGUCCUCUCAUUCUCGCUUCCACAAGCAAACGCAAGCUUAGGGGUCUCCUCUUUCCGCAAUCCAACACUGCACGCCUGGAAUCUCUUACGCAUAACGCUCGCGCACCUCGUGAACCUGUAUAUCCACCAUAAUCCCGUAGUUUUAUGGGCUUUUCGUGCACAAUUUGUCUGCAGCAAUGUCAUUUCUCCGAGACCCAGUUGAGCCAAGCGUUUCUUUUCAGCAAAACUAGCGGUUUAGAGCUUGUUGACCUUUGUUUUCAUCUGGGUUUUUCCGAAAAUGGAAGUGGGGCUUGUUGGGUUGCUGAGAGCGGCUUGGAUUGCUGGGACUUUGCCUAUACUGAUUGCUUCGGUGCCGUCUUCUAGGCUGACGGGGUUUCGUGAUGCUAUGUUGGGCAUCGCUAAGCGAGGGAAGAUCAUGCAGUCCUCGUCUCAGAGAUUCACAGUUCCUCAAAGGUUCUUCUGCCAUUUUUAUGUUAUGGCAGUCGUGUGGACAACACUCCUACUUGUUACAAAUUGGAUGUAUGCGUAUACGGCAGCGCCAUUGGUUUCAGAACCAUUUAUUUACUCUGAUAUUGCCAGCUACUUGACGGGAGGUCCGCAUACUUUAUUUUGGCACAAAUCACGUUCAAGGCCAAUAAAGCAAAGAUAUAUGGUCUGGCGGUCUGUUUUUCUUCUUUUAUUGAUGGAGGUUCAAGUUUUGAGACGCCUCUUUGAGACAAUAUAUGUGUUCAACUAUAGCCCCUCAGCUCGGAUGCAUAUCCUUGGUUAUCUAGCUGGCAUGUUUUUCUACGCGGCAGGACCACUGUCACUUUGCUGCAAUUGUGCAUCAGAUGUGUAUGAAUUUGCAGCGAAUGGAGUGGCUGAAUUCAUUGUUAGAGGCAAGAGUCAGAUGCCAGCCAUUGAAUUUGAUUGGUUGGAAUUUGUGAAUCCUCUUAUGACACUUGGAUGGCGCCAGUGGAUUGGUGCAGCUAUAUUUUGUUGGGGAUGGAUUCAUCAGCGCCAUUGUCAUGCAAUUCUUGGCUCACUGCGGGACCACGUUGAACAAGUUGAGGAGUAUGUAAUCCCUCAUGGUGAUUGGUUCGAAAUUGUGUCAUCUCCACACUAUCUGGCUGAGAUUGUUAUAUAUGCUGGUCUAGUGGUUGCCAGUGGAGGAGCAGAUCUCACAAUCUGGUUACUUUUUGUAUUCGUGGUGACAAAUUUGGUGUUUGCAGCAGGAGAAACACAUAGGUGGUAUCUUCGUAAAUUCGACAAUUACCCAAGCAACCGGCUCGCCAUUAUCCCAUUUCUUUACUGAGGUUAUGAUGCAGAAAUUUAUAAGAUAAUACUCUUUUGAGUGCAAUGAAGAAGAGUUGGUUGAGGGAAAGAACAUAUUGGAUUCUAUCAUAUAUACCUAGACCUUAACCUUUUUGUUAGAAUUUUUUAUUAAAUCCGACAAAAUUUAAACAAAGAAGAAGACAAUUAUGCUCCUACAUUAAAUAAUAUUUUAUUUUUUAAAAAACCACCGAAGGAGGAGACCGAGGCCCGGCGGAUUUCAAAAUAAGUGAGAGGGGUAUAAUGGAUGUUUUACACAUUUUUUGUCGGAUUUAACUAAAAAUUUUAAUGGAGGGGCUAAGUAGCUUAAGGGGUUCAAUUGCAACUUUUUGAAGUUUGGGGUGACAUUGUAAUUUGGGUGUAAGUUUGAGGAUGCAAGUGUAAUUUUUUUUUUUUUUUUUUUUUUUUUUUUAAAAAAAAACUGUUUGUUUAAUUGAUUCAUGAAUUGAUUACGUUGUUUUUAAAAAUA